AUGACGUGGCACAUCAAUGGGAUGAUGACAACAUGGGACGACAAUGAUGUGGGACGUAAACGGGACAACGACUACAUGGCAUGCAAACAGUACAUGCCCACCACUAGCCACUACUGUGACUGCCCACAACGAUCACCAACCGCUCACCACCACACAGCACACACCAACUACAUCACCAACAAUGUGGUAACACCAGCUGAACAAUGUGGUGAUGGCUUGGUAACAUACAGUGACGAUGCAGAUGCACCCAGUGAUGAUGUGCCUAGUAUGUGCCGCGUAGUCCACACAGUGACAAUGCACCAGGGGGGUCACGUCGUCAAGCACAACUGCAACCAUAUGACAUCUAGUGUUUAA